AUGGACGACGUGCUUAACCAAAGUAGAACAAUGAACAGAACUUCACCCGGAGGUGAUCCAUUCGGCAGUCUCGAGGACAUUGAUAUGACUGCCGACGGGAGCCCUAUCCUCCGGAUCGUCAUCUCCAUCGUGUAUUCUGUGGUUUGCGCGGUGGGUUUAGUCGGGAACCUGUUGGUCUUCUUCCUGAUGAGGUUAAGACAAGGUCGGAAGAAGUCCAGUAUAAAUUGUUUCGUUAUUAAUUUGGCGGUGACUGACUUCCAGUUCGUGCUUACUCUGCCUUUCUGGGCAGUGGACACCGCGCUGGACUUCAGUUGGCCGUUUGGCGACGCCAUGUGCAGAAUCAUCCUCACGGUCACCGUCAUGAACAUGUACGCUAGCGUCUUUUUUCUAACGGCCAUGAGUGUGACCAGGUACUGGUCUGUCGCCUCAGCCCUGAAAAACCGAAGCUGCCGGGCGUCUGGAUCCGCCAAAUGGGUGUGCGCCGUGCUUUGGGUAUCCGCCACAGUGGCCACGGCGCCCACAACCAUUUUCUCCACCGUGACAGUCGUAGCAGGGGAAAAAUUAUGUCUUCUCAGGUUUCCAGAAGGACAUGACUGGCUGGCGCUCUACCACAUUCAGAAGAUCCUGGUCGCGUUCAUCAUCCCGAUGCUCGUGGUCACGGUGAGCUAUUUAAUGCUUUUACGCUUCAUCCGUCAGAAAACCAUGCGCAACAACAACCCAAAACGAAGGUCUAGAGUCACAAGAUCUGUCACGAUAGUGGUUUUAUCUUUCUUUCUUUGCUGGAUGCCCAACCACGCCAUCACACUUUGGGGGGUGCUGGUGAAAUUUAACGCUGUCAACUGGGAUAAGUCCUACUACAUGGUGCACACCUACGUUUUCCCGGUCACCGUCUGCCUGGCGCAUGCGAACAGCUGUCUGAAUCCAGUACUAUAUUGCCUCAUCCGACCCGAGUUUCGGAAGAUUUUACGGAAUCUAUUCUGGAAACUCCAAACUCCGUCCAUAAAGAAAGAAUGCGCAUUACGCACGCUGUCAGGGAAGUUCCGCGCGCCGUACGAGGAAACCCACGAAGUUAUUCCGCUGCAAACCACGGACAACGGACAGUUCCAACUGUCCAUCCUAGACAGAAAAGGGUUAUCCUGCUCGAUCUCGUCCAACACUUGAAAUUUGUCUACUGGAAAAAGACUUGCGAGUUGUUUGUGAACGGGAUGAAGGACUUUUUAAGUAGUGUGUUCACUUUUGUUUAAAUAUACCAGGUUGCAUAGGCAUAUACGUUUGAAUUAUUAGAAGAAAAUGAUCCUUCCAUCAUCCAAUAGCUGAUUUGAAAUGUCAACAGUCUACACGUCACUGUCUACACUGUAGACUUCAAAAUGUACGCAAGAAAUUAACACACAAUAGGCUACUUGACACAUAAAGACACCAAAAGUGUAAAAUACACAUUCAUUUAUCAAGAUUAUGUCUGAGGACAAGACCAACAGGCAUUUGAUUUAUGUCCGUCUUAAAUGGCACCA